GGCUAAUCGUCUCCCCUGCAUGUUUGAAUGGUCACAUUGAGUGCGAAUCACAAGGCCCAGUUGCUUUGACCUGGAGGGGAAGGAUUUUGAUGUAACGCAGCCUUGCCAUGGAAGGGAAGAGGAGCUGCUUGCUCUGUGGAGGAGCGAUGAUGAUGAUGAUGAUGAUGAUGAUGCUCAGUCACGUGACCUCUGCAUUAGAAGUGCCUCUAGACUUGCCUCAACCUCCAACAAUAACUAAUCAGUCCCCAAGGAUUAUCAUCGACCCUCGGGAGAACAUCAAUAUCUUCUGUGAGGCGAAAGGAAAGCCUCAUCCCAGCUUUUCAUGGACACGUAACGGCACGCAUUUUGAUGUAGAAAAGGAUCCCAAAGUUGUAAUGAUGCCCGGCACAGGCAAUCUAGUCAUUGAUAUCAGCGGAGAGAAGGCUGAGGUUUAUGAGGGUGUUUAUCAGUGCAUCGCCCGCAACGAGCACGGCUCUGCUGUGUCCAAUAACAUCGUCAUCCGUCAAUCAAGGUCCCCCUUGUGGUCAAAAGAGAAAAAUGAGCCAAUCACAGUGCAGAGAGGAACGUCUCUAAUACUGCAGUGCACCCCAGCUGGCCUGCCUCCACCUAUCAUCUUCUGGAUGGAUAACAAUUUCCAGAGACUUCCCCAGAACAAUCGUGUGUCCCAGGCUUUAAACGGAGACCUGUAUUUCUCCAAUGUGGUCAUGGAAGACACCAGAAACGACUACAUCUGCUAUGCCCGCUUCCCACACACUCAGACUAUCCAACAGAAACAGCCCAUCACCGUCAAAGUGCUGGACAACAGUCCAUCUGGGGGAGAGUGCCCCUUUCUGCAUCCACCAGGAACGGAAAGUACCACCAUGGUCUUGAAAGGAGAUACGCUGGAGCUGGAAUGCAUUGCCGAUGGCCUUCCCACGCCAAAUAUCUCCUGGACUAAGGUGAACGGGGAGCUGCCAAGUGGGCGUUUUUCAUUUUACAGUUUCCAAAAAACUCUGAAGAUAAAAGAGGUGACAGAAGCAGACGGGGGAGAUUACCGCUGUUUAGCCAAGAAUCGCAUGGGGAGCAGCCAACACACCAUCACCGUAGUGGUCAGAGCGGCUCCCUUUUGGAUCAGUGCCCCUCAGAACCUCAUCUUGGCCCCAAAAGAGACUGGAAACCUCACCUGCGAUGUGGAUGGAAAUCCUAAACCCACGAUUACAUGGUCUGUCAAUGGAAAUCCCAUUGAAAGCUCUCAUAAUGACCCAAGCCGUAAAGUGUCAGAUGGCGUCAUCACCCUCAGUGACGUUCAGACGGGCUCCAGCGCCGUUUAUCAGUGCAACGCCUCUAAUGAUUACGGUUACCUGCUAGCCAAUGCCUUUGUCAGUGUACUAGCUGAACCACCAAGAGUGCUGACGUCUCUAAAUCACGAAUACUCAGUCAUCAGUAACAGCAGAGCUCUGUUAGACUGUGCUACUUUUGGUUCGCCUCUUCCCAAAAUCACAUGGUUUAAAGACAGUCAGAGCAUACUGAACAGUGACUUGUACCACAUUCAUAAGAACGGUACUUUAGAGAUCAAUGUAGCUCAGCCACAAAACAGCGGCAAGUACACUUGUAUAGCAUCAAACAAUCUGGGCAACAAAGAGAAUCACGUCCACCUGCAAGUGAAAGAACCUACACGGAUCCUUAGACAGCCAGAGUAUAAAGAGGUGCAGAGGAACAGCAUAGCUGUGUUCGAGUGUAAGGUCAAACAUGAUCCCACACUCUUCCCCUCCAUGAUAUGGCUUAAAGACAAUGGAGAGCUUCCUGAUGACCCCCGAUUUGAGGUGGGCUCUGAUAGUCUGACUAUACAUGAUGUGACAGAGGAUGAUGAAGGCACCUACACCUGCAUCAGAAACACCACCCUGGACCAAGAUUCAGCCAGUGCCACACUCACAGUAGUCGAGCAACCGGACCCACCAACUGACCUGGAGCUGACUGACCAGCGAGAGCGCAGUGUUCGGCUAACAUGGACCCCUGGAGAUGAACACAACAGCCCUAUUAAAAUGUUCCUGAUCCAGUAUGAAGAUUCUCUCCAUGAGCCUGGAGUCUGGCUCAACAUGACCGAGGUCUCGGGAACCAGCACAACAGCUCAGCUUGAGCUGUCCCCGUAUGUGUAUUACUCCUUCAGGGUCCUGGCACUCAAUGACGUGGGUCUGAGUGAAUCCAGCGAUCCAUCCAGACAGUACCGAACCAACCCUGCAAAGCCUGACGUGAAUCCAUCAGAUGUUGAAGUCAGUGGAACGUCACCUGACACUAUGACAAUAUCUUGGAGGGAGCUGAACGGGCUUGAGUCUAAUGGUCCAGGUUUACAGUACAAGGUGAGCUGGAGAAUGAAAGAUGCAGAACAGUGGACGACCGUCACACUGGCCAACGUCUCACAACAUGUGGUGACGGGAACACCUACUUUUACACUUCAUGAAGUCACUGUACAGGCGGUCAAUGAUUAUGGACCAGGCCCCAGACCAGAGGUGGUGCUGGGAUACUCAGGAGAAAACUCACCCACAGUGGCCCCAGAGAACUUAAAAGUUUCAGUUCAGAGCGAGACAGAGGCUGAAGUUCACUGGGAAGCUGUUCCUCUUUCAUCAGUCCGGGGUCGACUGAAAGGAUACAAGGUGACUUACCAGAAGAUGAGAAGUUUACACAAGCAAGACUAUGAUCGUGAGAAUCCCCAGGUGCUCAUCUUCAGUGGGGACGAGACUGUGGGACGUCUGCCAGACCUUCACCCCUACAGCCAAUACAGACUCAACAUCAGAGCCUUCAACGGGCACGGAGACGGACCCUCCAGCACUGACCAGCAGUUCAAGACACCAGAGGGAGUUCCUGGGCCUCACAAUGUAAACAUCCGGAAUCUGAACCUGGACUCUUUGCUAGUGGAGUGGACACCACCUUUGGAAGACAACGGACACUUGACUGGAUACUUGUUGAAAUAUCAGCCAAUCAAUACAACAGAAGAAGUUGGGCUGCUCAAAGAAGUGCUUUUACCAGCAAACGAGACCAGUUACACACUCGACAAGCUUACGCACAGCACACACUACAAGUUCUUUCUGAACGCCAUGACUGAAACAGGCUCUGGACCUGCUGUCACUAAAGAGGCCUUCACAGAAGUAGACGAAGCAUUAAUUCGGCAUCCCGCAGUAGAGGCGGGUAAAGGCUCUGCCCUCCCUUCACCACCACCACCAACUCCCCCUGUCACUCAAUCUUUGCAGCCCCCGUUUCAGGCGCCACCUGCUGGUCCGAUGUUUGGGAACGUGAACUCCUCGGUGAAGGAGGACCAUGCAGUCAUAAGCUGGGAAUACUUGGGGCCUGAUGGGAAUGUUUAUGUGGAAUAUGUUGUUGAUAACAGUAAAGAACCCUGGAAAACAGAGUUUGUAAAUGGCACUCGGACAUUUCAGAUUAGAGGACUAAAGCCGGGGAUGUCCUAUAGGGUUCGAUUGGUAGCCAAAGACCAUUCAGACGCAACCAUCCACAGUACACAGGAGCUGUUGAUAACAGUUCCAGCCAUGACCAACAGGCAGGCUGAAAUAGCCACACAAGGUUGGUUUAUCGGUCUGAUGUGUGCCAUCGCUUUGCUGAUCCUGGUGCUCCUCAUCGUCUGCUUUAUAAAGAGGAACAAAGGAGGCAAAUAUCCAGUAAAAGAGAAAGAAGAUGCCCAUCAAGACCCAGAGAUUCAGCCCAUGAAAGAGGAGGAUGGGACAUUUGGGGAGUACAGUGACACGGAGGAUCACAAGCCCCUAAAGGGCAGCCGGACACCAUCCAAUGGCACGGUCAAGAAGGACGACAGUGACGACAGCCUGGUGGAUUACGGCGAGGGAGGAGACGGCCAGUUCAACGAGGACGGAUCAUUUAUUGGCCAAUACAGCGGGAAGAAGGAAAAAGACACUGCGGAGGGAAAUGAGAGUUCGGAGGCUCCUUCUCCAGUCAAUGCCAUGAACUCCUUUGUGUAACCUUUCAUGACCUCCUUUGACCCAUACAACGCCCAACCCCAUGUUACAUCAUCGUACGGAGAACAGUCUCUAUUGCACUGUGACCUCUUGACAUCACGCAGCAAAUGAAAUCUAAAUGAACGCCCGUGAGAAAUGACGAACCACUAGAAGAGGGACGGUCCUAGCUCAUCGGUCGCAGAGAUGUAGAGUAAGAAGCGUAUUAUCUUUUGGCAAGCAUACAUAUAUAUAUCAAUAUAUGUGUAGAGGAAUAUAUAAAUUGACAUAUAUGAGAAACUAUUUUAUUAACAUAGCCCCAUUUGCGUCGGAUGGCAUUAUAUCACACCAUGUCGUCCACUGGAAACACACGGAAUCCGUUAUUGACAUCUUGUAUUUGGUGAAACAGCAGAAGGUGAGGUCACAUCAAGCGUUUUGGGUUUUUUUUAAGCAGGUGAAAUUCAAUUGGAAUAGAUUUAUUUAUUUUUAGACAGGUGAAAUAUUUCCACACAAAGAUUUAGCUUCUCAUACUGACCUACCAAAAGUUAUUUCUUAAAACUGUUCAAUCUGUGUGAUACGUAAUUUUAGGGCGAAAGAUUUCCUUGCACAGAUUUAUGAGGUUUUCUUUUCAACAAAUUAUUGGCAUUGAUCAAAUUUAAAUCCCUGAGAUUUGGAAGUUUGUGAGAGAGACAAAGAUUUUACUGUGUUUUCCACCAAUUCAUCACACAGGCCAUCUGAAACCUGCUUGAUUUGAAUGUGAUUCCUGUGAAUGGUGCUUUAUUUCUCACUGCACUAUGGACUAGACGAUUCGAAUGUUAUCACUCGAUUGAAUGGAUGUUAUCAGUGGUUAUCAGCUGAUAGAUAUGUGCCAGUAGGUGCUUUCUGCGUCUACUAGUAGGCUCAGAAGGCUGUUAUCAUCCAUUCGCAUUGACCAUUUCAAUGUAGUCAUGUCAUUGGCCCAUGAACAUUUCCUGCUUGUUAUCAAACUAUUUCAAAAACUGUAACAUGAGGCAAUUCAAUCAUAACUUAGUGUUUGACCAGCUAUCAUAACAUUAUUUAUCAAAAUGUGGCUCUUUUUGGAUUCUUGGAAGAUGUAGAAAUUGUAAAAAAGUUAAACAGGAAAAACAUUGGGACCGUUGUUUUUGUUUACAUCUCUAAAAAUGAUCUGUAGAUCACAUACGGCUGCAGCCGGAAGUUAACAAGAAUUAUUCUGUAUUAGUAAAGCUGAUAGUCUACCCCUACUCCAACCCUAAAACCAACCAUCACAGUAAUGUAAAAACAGAUCUGGAUCUGGACUCUUCUCUAUUAGUAAAGCUGAUUAACCAGGAGAAUUAUCGAUAUUAUUUAUUAAAUUUCCCAUUAGUUGUAUUUUAUUAACGUCUACCCCUUACCUAAUCUUAAACACAACCAUCACAGUAAUGUAAAAUAGAUCUGUAGUCUUCUCUAUUAGUCUAGCUGAUUACCCAUGUAGAUGGAUGAUAACAGCCUUCUGAGCCUACUCAUAGGCGUAGAAGGCACCUACUGGCCCAUAUCUAUCAGUUGAUAACCACUGAUAAUGCCCAUUCAAUCGAGUGAUAUCAUUCGAAGCGAAUGACUAGACCCUUGUUUUGGGUGCAAAAUCUUGCUAAUGUGACCGCACCUUUAUCCAGCUUUGUGGAGACCGUGGACCUCUUCGGAUUAUAUGAUAACUGACUUUCGCUUCACAGCUAAACGCCUGUUACGUUCUGUCCUCAGUGUUCAAAACGGUAUUAUGCACAUUUCAGGCACCAAUGUCUUUGUGGGCAUUGUUGUGGAGUAUGUAAUGCGUGUCAAAGCUGUUCUUAGCCGUCGUUUUGGAUCUACAACAAUCACAGAAUUUAAAAACUGGGAUGUGAGGUAGCAUGUUUUUGACACACAAGCACUCUUUUCAGACACUCAAAUGUGGUUUUGUCCUCUUUUUUCCAAGUUCUCAUGUGAUUUAUUUUGCACCCUGUAUUUAUUUAUGACAAACCUCUUUGGAACGAUGCCAGCGAUGGACUGAACGAGUUACGGUUCACUUUACUAUACUGAAAGCACCCAAAUCAGCCAUGUAGCCACCCAUCGCCCUUCGUUUGGACACCAGAAUUCACACCACAAUGGUAUGGGAUGCAAUGAAGGCCCCUCAGCACGGUUCCUUAGUGCCUUGGUAGAGAACAUUAUUCUAAAAAUCAAUCUUCUCAUCAUUUGAGUCCAAGCGCAGCCCGCUUAAUACGCUCAACACCGAAGUCCAGGGCAGAUUGAAAACCGCAAGACUCAAGGAAAUGAUGUCAGCCGCCAGAGAAAUCACCUCAUAUGGGGGGUGAGGGGCGUUUCAUUCCCAUCAUCGACAGCUAAAAAUACUGCCACUUUUCUGUAAUGAGUGAACUGCUGUUGAUCUGAUUCAUCGACGGCGACUCAUAACGGCGACGGAAACAACAAACUGCGGUAUUUGCAGUAGCCUGUCCAUGGAAAAAUCUCAACAUAUGCGACAUUGGAAUUAUACACGUUCUCAUAUGAUGUAACCAUUUUUUUAAAGAUCCCGUUAUUGCAUGUUAUGAAGUAUUACGAGCUGCGGAGUGUGCUGAAAUCAGGGCUUCACUAAACAUAUGGUCGGCAGUGGUGCUGUCAUCAAAUAUGGCCGGAGUGUGUGCGGUUUAUGCAGGCAUGCAUGAAUAUAUGUGUGCAUUUGAAUGUGCGAUUCAGUAUGUCUGUUCAAUGUGGGCCUCUUUUUUGGGGUGAGGCCUAAGAUUUUCAUGAUUUCGCUUGUCAUAACUUGCAUCAAGUUUUUUUUUUUUUU